CGGGGCGGUUGCCGGGGCAACACGGGGGGCGGCGGGCGCCAGCAUGCAGCUGCGGCACGUGCGGACCCUGCUCCCGCCGCAGGACGGGGCGGCCAAGGUCACGUGCCUGGCCUGGGCCCACACCAACGCCAAGUUCGCGGUGUGCACGGUGGACAGGGUCGUGCUGCUGUACGACGAGCACGGCGAGAGGAGGGACAAGUUCUCCACCAAGCCGGCGGACGCCAAGUAUGGCAGGAAGAGCUACGUGGUGAAGGGCAUGGCCUUCUCCCCGGACUCCACCAAAAUCGCCGUCGGACAGACAGAUAACAUCAUUUACGUCUACAAGAUCGGGGAGGACUGGGGGGAUAAGAAGGUGAUCUGCAACAAGUUCAUUCAGACGAGUGCAGUGACCUGCCUGCUGUGGCCAGCAGAGAACAUCAUUGUCUUUGGACUUGCUGAGGGGAAGGUUCGCUUAGCAAACACAAAGACCAACAAGUCCUCCACCAUCUAUGGGACGGAGUCCUAUGUGGUCUCGCUAACCUCCAAUGUGUCAGGGAAGGGCAUCCUGUCCGGCCACGCAGAUGGGACCAUCGUCCGCUACUUCUUUGAUGAUGAAGGCUCUGGCGAGUCCCAGGGCAAACUGGUGACGCACCCCUGCCCUCCAUAUGCCCUGGCCUGGGCAUCCACCAGCAUCGUGGCUGCCGGCUGCGACAAGAAGAUCGUGGCCUACGGGAAGGAGGGCCACGUGAUACAGACCUUUGACUACAGCCGGGAUCCUGCAGAGAAGGAGUUCACUGUGGCUGCCACGAGCCCUGGGGGCCAGUCCGUCGUCUUUGGCAGCUAUGACAGACUGCGGGUGCUAAACUGGAGCCCGCGCCGCAGUGCCUGGGAGGAAGCCAGGCCUAAAGAAAUCACCCACCUAUACACCAUCACAGCCCUGGCCUGGAAGAAGGACGGCUCGCGUCUCUGUGCAGGCACGCUUUGUGGAGGAGUGGAACAGUUUGACUGCUGCCUCCGCCGAAGCAUUUACAAGAACAAGUUUGAGAUGACGUACGUGGGACCAAGCCAGGUCAUUGUGAAGAACCUCUCCACAGGCACCCGGGUGGUGCUGAAGUCCUGCUACGGCUACGAGAUCGAGGAGGUGAAAAUCCUGGGGAAGGAGCGGUACCUCGUGGCCCACACCUCUGACACGCUGCUGCUGGGCGACCUCAGCUCCAACAAGCUCAGCGAGGUGGCCUGGCAAGGAUCCGGGGGCAACGAGAAAUUCUUCUUCGACAGCGAGAACGUCUGCAUGAUCUUCAAUGCCGGGGAGCUGACCUUGGUGGAAUACGGAAGCAAUGAAAUCCUGGGGUCCGUCCGCACCGAGUUCAUGAACCCACACCUCAUCAGCGUCCGCAUUAAUGAGAGGCGGCAGAGAGGGCUGGAGGAGAGCAAGCGGCUGGCCUACCUGAUUGACAUCAAGACCAUUGCAGCAGUGGACCUCGUUGGAGGCUACAACAUCAGCACCAUCAGCCACGACAGCAAGAUUGACUGGCUAGAACUGAACGAGAUGGGCCACAAGUUGCUUUUCAGGGACAAGAAGAUGAGGCUGCAGCUCUAUGACAUUGAGAGUGGCGCCAAGACCACCAUCUUGAGCUACUGCUCCUACGUGCAGUGGGUGCCGGGCAGUGACGUGGUAGUGGCGCAGAACCGGGGCAGCCUCUGCAUCUGGUACAACAUUGACGCCCCCGAGCGCGUCACCAUGUUCCCACUGAAGGGAGACAUUGUGGACUUGGAGCGGAGCAAUGGGAAGACAGAGGUGAUCGUGACAGAGGGGGUGAACAUGGUGUCCUAUACCCUGGAUGAGGGGCUCAUUGAGUUUGGGACAGCUGUGGAUGAUGGGGACUACCACAGGGCUGCCGCAUUUCUGGAGACACUGGAAAUGUCCACAGAGACUGAAGCCAUGUGGAAGACGCUGAGCCGGCUAGCCCUGGAGGCCCGGCAGCUGCACAUCGCUGAGAGGUGCUUCGCGGCCCUGGGCUGUGUGGCAAAGGCUCACUUCCUGCACGAGACCAAUGUUAUCGCAGACAAAGCUGCCAAGGAACAUGGUGGGGAUGGCACGGACUACUAUGAGGUGCGUGCCCGCCUGGCCAUGCUGGAGAAGAACUACAAGCUGGCUGAAAUGAUCUUCCUGGAGCAGAACGCCGUGGAAGAGGCCAUGGACAUGUACCAGGAGCUGCAUAUGUGGGACGAGUGCAUCAUGGUGGCUGAAGCCAAGGGGCACCCGAUGCUGGACAAGCUGCGCCAGGCCUACUACCAGUGGCUGCUGGAGACGCAGCAGGAAGAGAGGGCUGGUGAGGUGCAGCAGCACCAGGGUGACCAUAUGGCCGCCAUCGGGCUGUACCUGAGGGCUGGGUUGCCGGCCAAGGCAGCACAGCUGGCCAUGAGCAGGGAUGAGCUUCUGGUCAACAGUGAUGUCACCAACCGCAUCACCACGGCGCUGAUCAAAAGGGAGCUGUACGAGCAGGCUGGAGACCUCUUUGAGAAGACCAGGAACCCCCAGAAAGCCCUGGAGUGUUACCGCAAGGGCAGUGCCUUCCUGAAAGCGGUGGAGCUGUCACGUGCAGCCUUCCCAGCUGAGGUUAUGAAGUUGGAGGAAGCCUGGGGAGACCACCUGGUGCAGCAGAAGCAGCUGGAUGCCGCCAUCAACCACUACAUCGAAGCCAGGUGCUCCAUCAAGGCCAUUGAGGCAGCCAUCGGGGCACGGCAGUGGAAGAAGGCCAUCUACAUCCUGGACCUGCAGGACGUGCAGACAGCAGCCAAGUACUACCCCAGAAUCGCCCAGCACUACGCUGCUCUGCAGGAGUACCAGAUCGCAGAGGAGCUCUACAUCAAAGGAGACCGGACCAAGGAUGCCAUUGACAUGUACACGCAGGCAGGGCGCUGGGAGCACGCACACAAGCUGGCGACCAAGUGCAUGAGGCCUGAAGACGUGUCAGUCCUGUACGUCACCCAGGCCCAGGAGAUGGAGAAGCAGGGCAGGUAUAAGGAAGCGGAGAGACUGUACGUUGCGGUGGAUGAGCCCGACCUGGCCAUUACCAUGUACAAGAGGGGCAAGAUGUAUGGAGACAUGAUCCGGCUGGUGGCGAAGCACCACAAGGACCUGCUGAGUGACACCCACCUCCACCUGGGCAAGGAGCUGGAGACAGAGGGGCGCCUGCAGGAGGCUGAGUACCACUACCUGGAAGCCAAGGACUGGAAAGCAGCUGUGAACAUGUACCGGGUGAAUGACAUGUGGGAGGAGGCGUACAGGGUGGCCAAGGCCCACGGCGGGGCCAACUCACACAAGCAUGUGGCCUACCUCUGGGCCAAGAGCCUGGGGGGUGAGGCCGCUGCGAAGCUCCUCAACAAGUUUGGGCUCCUGGAAAUGGCCAUCGACCAUGCGGCCCACAAUAGCGUCUUUGACUUUGCCUUCGACCUGGCCCGGCUCUCAAUGAAGCACAAGAUGCCCGAGAUCCACUUCAAGUAUGCCACGUUCCUGGAGGACGAGGGUAAGUUCGAGGAGGCAGAGGCAGAAUUUGUAAAAGCCGGGAAGCCCAAGGAAGCAGUGCUGAUGUAUGUCCAUAACCAGAACUGGGAUGCGGCGCAGCGUGUGGCUGAGGCACAUGACCCCGAGAGCGUGGCUGAUGUGCUGGUGGGGCAGGCCCGCUGUGCCUUUGAGCAGAAGGAGUUUCCACGGGCAGAGGCCUUUCUUCUGCGAGCCCAGCGCCUGGAGCUGGCCAUCAAGUACUACAAGGAGGCUGGCAUGUGGAGUGACGCCCUGCGCAUCUGCAAGGAGUACGUGCCCGGGCGCCUGGAGGCGCUGCAGGAGGAGUAUGACAGAGAAGCGGCCAAGAAGGGCUCCAGAGGCCUGGAGGGGAUGCUGGAGCAAGCGCGAGAGUGGGAGCGGGCUGGGGAGUACGGCCGGGCGGUGGACUGCUACCUGAAGGUGCAGGAUCCCAGCAACAGCCUCCUGACCGAGAAGUGCUUGCUCAAGGCGGCUGAGCUGGCCAUUAAGUUCCUGGGGCAGCCGCACAGCAUGGAGGUGACACGGGCAGUAGGCCCGCAGCUGGUGGCCAUGAGGAAGUUCAGUGCGGCAGCUGAGCUGUACCUCAACCUGGACCUGAUCCGAGAAGCCAUCGACGCCUUCAUCGAGGGUGAGGAGUGGAACAAGGCCAAGCGGGUGGCCAAGGAGCUGGAUCCCAGCAGGUCGGAGGAGUAUGUGGACCAGCGCUACAAGGAGUAUUUAAAGAACCAGGGCAAAGUGGAUUCUCUGGUGGGAGUGGACGUCAUGGCUGCUUUGGACAUGUACGCAGAGCGGGAGCAGUGGGAGAAGUGCCUUGAGACAGCAGCCAAGCAGAACUACAAAGUCCUGCACAAGUACGUGGCUCUGUAUGCGACCCACCUCAUCCGAGAGGGCAGCUAUGGCAAAGCCCUGAGUCUGUACGUCCAGCAUGGAGCCCCUGCCAACCCACAGAACUUCAACAUUUACAAGCGUCUCUUUGUGGAGAUGGUGAAUGCGACCGGCAUGAACAGCGCCGAGGCCUACCCCAGCUGGGCCGACCUUCGGGACAUGCUCUUCAACCUGUGCGAGAGUCUGGUGAAGUCAAGCGAAGCCAACACACCUGCGCACGAGGAGUUCGAGAACAUACUGCUGGUCUGCCACUACUACGCCACCCGCUCCGCUGCCCAGGCCGUGAAGCAGCUGGACAUUGUGGCUGCCAAGCUGUCGAUUUCCCUGCUGCGUCACACUGAGCUCAUCCCUGCAGACAAAGCCUUCUAUGAAGCCGGCACUGCGGCCAAGGCCAUCGGCUGGGAGAACAUGGCCUUCGUCUUCCUGAACCGGUUUCUGGACCUCUGUGAUGCCAUCGAGGAGGGGACACUGGACGCCCUGGACCACUCCGACUUCCAGGACACGGACAUCCCCUUCGAGGUGCCGCUCCCGGCCCAGCAGCACGUGGCCGAGGAGCAGCGGGAAGAGGUGCGGGACUGGGUGCUCACCAUGUCCAUGGACCAGCGGCUGGAGCAGGUAUUGCCACGGGACGAGCGUGGCACCUAUGAGGCCUCACUGGUGGCGGCCAGCACGGGCGUGCGCUCCCUGCCCUGUGUGCUCACUGGCUAUCCCGUGCUGAGGAACAAGGUCGAGUUCAAGCGCCCGGGGAAGGAGGCCAACAAGGACACGUGGAACAAAUUCCUGAUGGCUGUCAAGACGUCGCACAGCCCCAGCUGCCAGGACGUGCUCAAGUUCGUCAGCCAGUGGUGCGGGGGGCUGCCCAGCACCAGCUUCUCCUUCCAGUGAGCUGGCACGGCCCAGGCCUAGUAAACAUAUGUCUGCCGA